AUGGAAUACAAUUUAUGUUUUAACAAUCAAAAAACAAAUAAAGUCAUUUUGACUACUUUAAAAAAUUUGGAAAAUAUGUUUUUUAUUGAGUAUUCAGAUUCCGAAGAGAGUUCUGAAUCAGAUAAUGACUAUAAUAAAAAAAUUCUUGAUAUUAAUGAUAAUAUUAACUUAGAUAAGUUAAAUAAAUUUGAAUUUGUAGAAGUUCCUAAAAACUAUAUUAAAGAUAAAUUUCUUAUAUGUCAUGCUGAAUUUGAAAGUUCUGAUAAAAAUAUACGGGAUAUGGUUAUUAAAGUUUGCUAUGAUACAUAUUUGGCUUUUGUAGGAGUUAGUCAUAAAUAUUCAGAAUCAAUUAUAAAACAUUUACAAGAACAUAGUCUUGAAGAACAUAUACAUAGAAAUAUAGAUAGAGCUCCAAAAAUAUGA